AUGGGCGAACUUCCCGACUUUCGUGUCAAUCCAAAUUCACGAGCCUUCGUACAUACCGGUGUCGAUUACGCGGGUCCGUUGCUUGUUCGCCUAGCCAAAGGCCGUGGCCAUAAAUCACAAAAGGCAUAUAUCGCGGUAUUCAUUUGUAUGACCACCAAAGCCUUACACUUAGAAUUAGUUUCCGAUUAUUCAACGGCGUCAUUUUUAGCUGCGUACCAACGCUUUCUCGCGCGCCUCGGAACUCCGACUUCAAUGUAUUCCGACAACGGUACCACGUUUCAAGGCGCUGAUAAAGAAAUGACUGCAUCCUUCCAAGCCGCCACGCGAAACCCUGAAUUUCAAAAUUAUUUAGCUACCGAGAGCGUGUCCUGGCACUUUUUACCUCCAGCGGCACCUCAUUUCGGCGGUCUUUGGGAGGCUGCAGUCCGCAGUGUCAAGCACCACCUUAAACGUUCGAUCGGCACUCACACGCUUACAUUUGAAGAAUUAAGUACGCUGUUGUGUCGAAUCGAAUUGUUCCUCAAUUCCCGACCGAUUGCCUCUGUCACCGAUUCGAUCGAUGAUUAUUGCGCGCUAACCCCGGGUCAUUUUCUGAUCGGCUCCACCUUAAUCGCCGCUCCAGAACCAAGCGUCCUCGAAUUGGCGGAGCAACGAUUGUCUCGUUGA